GUUCGAACUCCGCUCCGCCAAGGUGAAUGGUGCUCUGGUGCCACGUCUUGCACUUGCAUUCAGUCGGGUCGUUAUCGACAAGCUGGACCUUCGCUUUCAAGACUCGUCAUUUAGCUGGCUGUACAACACGCUCGGCUAUCUUUUCCAAGACGCCGUACGAGACUAUGUAGUUCAAAGCCUUGCGGCCGCAGUGAACGCAAACAUUGCCUCGCUGCUGGAGCCGCUGAACCGAUAUUUGCACCCCUACUGGCCUUUGGUGCUCUCCACGGUCGCCAUCCCACUGGCGGAGCUGCCCCAGUGCGGCACAGAGGAGUAUGUUGUGGAGCUGGGCCUAGAGACGGAGGAACCGAUUGGCUGCGACUUUGUGGACGCGGACGCGGGGCGAUCCAAAGCACACUAA